UAGGGCAUAAACACAUCUGUGUUAUCGCUUGCCAGAAAUCUGUUCCGACCUCAUUAACCCAUAAAUAUCGGAUCACUUGUUUUUUUUUUUUUUGCUCCUCCGCCCCCACUAAGACCCCGAGCACUAGGCAAAAAGGGCGAAUACAGCGAGGUGUCGGAUGAAGGCGGAAGGAAGGGUACUCAAACGCGCUGAGAUGCUGAGACAGCGCGACGGUCUGUUGUGCCAUUCGUCAUGCCGCGCAAAUGACUUAAUGUCUUUACCAACUGGCGAUGGCCAUCGCUUUGCUUGGCGCUCCCUCCCUCUCUCUCUCUCUUUGUCACUCUGCUAAACCGCGUCGAGUCGGAGCGGAACGCUCCUAAAACACCCGCUUGUCAGUCGCGACGAAACCACCCACCGCACCGGGACGAUGAGCCGCAACCGACGCAGCACCAGCAGCACGUCCGGCGAUUCCGGCAAGGAUCCACAGCUCACCUUCGACCAGCGGCUGCAGGCGAACGCGCGCGAACGCUACCGAACGCACAGUGUCAACUCCGCGUUCAACAAUUUGCGCCUGCUAAUACCGACGGAACCGCCCGACCGGAAGCUGUCCAAGAUCGAGACGCUCCGGCUGGCGAAGAGCUACAUCUCGCACCUGAUCGCCGUGCUCGUGACCGGCAACAGCCAGCGGCCUUGUGCCAGCACCAGCCAGCGCCACCAGCCGACGACGGUGGGCGAUGGGCAGGAUGGUACGGGCGCCCAACCACCACCCACCUACUAUCGCCAAUCAAUCUGCACGUUUUGCGUGACGCUCGACAAGUACUGAGGAAAGCGUUGGUUACAA